GUUGUCCUGGAACCUUUUAUAAAAUAUGACAUCACAUGACAUACAGGGAAUUUCAUUCCCUGGUAACGGUUAAAACCCCCGACAAGGCAAUGGUUCAUUUGAGCACAUCAGCACCAGAUUCUCUACAUUAUUAAGCGCAUUUGAGCGCGUGUGUGGAUGUCCGCUAAAGUGAAUCUUGGCCACAGUCUCUCUGAACACAUUCCUAGUCAAAUGUGGUCACUCUCUUGAUAGAUUCAAGCAGAGCAGCGCCAAAAGGAGAACUCUACACCAUAACAAACCUCUUGAUCCCGCCAGCCUCGAUCCAUCCAGCCUCGCCAUGGUUCGGUAUGUCUUCCCGUUUGCUCUGGACGUGCCCGCACCGCCCUCAGAUUCGAUUGCGCUCAUCCAAGGCCAAUUGGCCCGCCUAACCGUCCAAUUCUGGGCCAGCCUCGACCCCGAACGAUCCACUUGGAGCACCGAUCCACUCACCUUGAGCCAUCCAGCGGGUCCCCCGGGUCCCCCGGGUCCCCCGGGUCCUCCAAAUCUGUUGAGUCGGAACGGAGUGUUGGCCGGCCACACCCGUCUCGAACCCAAUUGGGCCGAACAAUUCCAUGGGUUGUUGGACCAAUUGCCCGCCGCCAAAGCCCCGGAAAACGUUUACUUAGAUAUCAUCUGGGUCACCCAGCAGAUCCGACCCACGAAAGAGAUGGACCUUCAACUGUUGGCCUUCUUCCUCCGUGCCGUGAAAUGGUGCCAAGCCAAAAUUACCGUGAUCACCAUGGACAGCCAAGUCAGCCCUAACUCACAUCUCGACUUGCUUCGAGUGGAUAUCCUCGGAUUAUCCGACAUCCAAGACCUAUCCGAAUUCGUACCCGAUCAUCUACUUUGGCGAGGAUGCUUGAGCUUCACUGAUUGUCGGAGCGAUUACCGAAUGCGGUCUUUACCGGGUUUUGAGAUUGUGGCUUCGAAAGAAUCGAAUGUCAAGGAGUUUGGGAACAAGCCAUUGGUGUCCAAGAGACGUGGUCUGCUCAAAGCCGAGUUGAGAAAGUUUUCCGCCCAUUUAAAAGUUGUUGCCAUAGUUAGUAUGAUAGAUUUACCCUCCGAUAUACCCAAAUCCCCCGCCUUCACCUUGAGAACUUCGAUCCUGUCGGGUGACUCGGUCACCGAGAAAUUACUUGAAGAUCCAAGUUACUUCUCUGAGGAUAAAGGACUUCUAGCCAGGUUAUAUUUUCAACAAAGUGAGACAAGCUCUUCUGUCUUAGGGUCAAAUAACCGAACUUUUGCCGAUUUCAAGAAAGCUUUGGCGGAAAGGCAGAUCAAGAUCGAUCCUGAUGAAGGCCUGAGUAGAAACCUCGAAUCUCUGCUCAUUCUUAUCGUGAACCCCAGUCCAAAUCAUUUCGUUUGCUCAAGUCGCAAUUGCUUGGACAAACUCGCCUACGUAAUCGAUCCAGAGGAAAUCUGGAGCUUCUACUCCCAAUUCCAUUCCGACUUACUCGACCAUCUGCCUCUCAAGUCCCGAAUUAUUGACGGAGAAUGGGACGAAAAAAGGCUGUUGGCCUUUCUCGAAAGCCGGGCUAAGGCCAAAACCACCGGAAUUGUCAACGAAACUAUGUGUCCAGCCGAGGAUUUCAUUCUCAUGGAAGCCGCAGAGCUUCUCAAACUCUUUAAUCCGGAUGGAUCCGCCAAAGCUCCAAGUCAUGACAUUCUAGAGGCCCGUAAAAAGACGGUAUUUUCUUGUCGGGACUCGACUGAGCUCCAACCUUGGCCAGCUGUCCGCUUCCAGGACUACUUUGGCCUUCAUUACAAUCGAAGCGAAGCUUCCGAGGAACAGGAUCGAGAUCAAGCCAAGUUGAUUCGACAAUAUGUUGGAUCUAGCGAGACAUUCUCCACUUGUCAUUUAGACCGUCAAUCCGAAGGAGCCGCCAUGAUUAUUCAACCUCGGAGAACUAGGAAGAAGAGGACUCCAAGAAAACGAACCAAUAGUGAAUCAACGAAACGGAAGUCUCCGAAAGAAGGAUAUGCUAUCAAUCGACCCGCCUCCAAAGCGGCUCCCAAGGUUGAUGUGUUCAAGAAAAAGCUGCGAAUUGCGGUCUACGAGGUCCUGCAUGAAAAGGGUAUUCCUGAGGAGCACAAGCUGUUCCGACCGUGCUUUCGGAACCUCUUCAAAGUGGUUGACUUGGUGGGAAAGUCCAUGUCGGCGGCCAAACUCUCCACCGAGACCCUCAAGAUCAUUGCCAAAAAUAACGCAGAACUAGUGAUAACGAUGCAAAAAGGAACACUGACCAAAGCUAAGAAAUAAAUGAGUAGCUUCAUUUUAAUCGA